AUGGUGAACGAGUUUGACUUAGUAUCGUACACAUGCACCUCGCCUCCUCAAAUUCUUUGGCGCGUACGCCAUGCCAAUACUCAGUCGCAUUUGGACAAAAGUGGCGACGUUGCUGUUGACAGCACUCGCCAGCUUCCCAAUGAGGCUAGUCUCACCGACGCCCUUAAACGCCAUUUCGAAUGGUGCCCGGGUCGUCCUAGUUGCUUUUUGUCACUAUUUAGCGACAAAUCCCAUGCUUUGAACUGGGCUAAGCAACGGGAGAGAUUCGCGUACAAUGGCAGAUGCGAAUUUGCUUGGAUUACCAAAAUCGACACGUCAAAGCUUCCCCGCUCUACCCUUUUGUUUAAAGCAGCAGACCUCAGUCACAGGCUGGAUGUUCACUCCCCGACGCAAAACGAGUUUCUUGUACUCCAUAAAAUCCCCAUAGACGCCUACAAACUAUACAACCUGCCCACGCAGCCCUCAGCGAGAAACCCAGCAGUGGUAGCACGCAGCCCCGGAUGCGACAUGCUGUCGCCAGGCUUCACACUAGGACACCCAUCUGCUAGCAAAGCCAUUGCUAGUUGCAUGCGCCGCUCAAAACCACACCAGCUACUGAACCGGACGGACUUUCCCAUUACCAUGUCUUCAAUAGAGGGCGAACUCCGCGCAUCCCAAGCUGCUAUACCUGGCGACUCCUUAUCCAAGCUCUUCGAGACUCUCAAAGUCAACACCUUUGACACAGACGCGAAAGGUACUUUGGAUGCGUUUCUGCUUGCAGUGUCAAAUCACACUGAGGUGAUCAUCAAACAUAGCACCUCUAUAGCGAUCUCAGAUUACUAUGUUAAAGCUCGGGCGGGUAAGCAGUCAGAGUGGGGAAAUAGGGAGGCGUUCGUCAAGCCUCCGCGGAGCAACGCAAUGUCCUCGCAAGUGUCUGCCCCGUCGAACACUACAGUGUACAAAGCGCUGGACGUGGUAGCCAAGAAGCUCGCUGACGAUUCCGACCCUGACGACGUCGUGGCUGAAGCUCCGAAGACUUCUGAGGCGCCUCCGCCCGAGAACGCCAAGGUGACGAAGAGACGCGUAGUGAAGCGUAGGAUUGUAGUGCCUCCCAGCGCCCCUUCUCCCGCAGAAGCAUCGCAUCAGGGACAGGGCACAACACCUUCUCUGGGCUCGGUACAACGAAAGGAGCUGGCACAUGCUAGAGUCAAGCAAAACUCUACUUCGCGACGUACUAACCUCAAUUUUACUUUACCUACCGCGGCCGUUGAUCAGUCCCCGACCAAGAAAAUAUGCGACCGUCGCGCUGCUUCCGCUGCCACGUCCCAGACUGCGUGUUCCAACAAGACGAGCGGGGAUUACCAGUUGGGGCAUCGUCACUCUGACUCUCUUGACCCCAAAACUGGAAUCCUUGCUACGGUAGACGAGACGACCCCUAUUGCACAGGGAGGUUUUGCACCUGUGUUUGAGAACAAGAAGCCACAUGAGACUGGAAGUUUGGCUGAAGGGACAAACAGCACAAUUAAGGGACGCAUGGAAGGUCAUAUUGCCUAUACUUCUGCCCCUGACCAGCUCGAUGGCUUUGCCAUUUUGAUCAUCUUGGAUAUACUGUAG